UUGACGGAGGAAGGCGCGCGUACCGACAGCGGUCUCCAAGUUCACCUAAACACGAUUGUUUACCUUCCAUAAACCUCUCCUCUAACUUCAAAGAGAUCCCAGUAUCAAUUUGUUCGCCUGUGGAUUUUAGAGUUAAGAGCCCUCUCCAGUGUUCUGUUUACUGUUGUAUUAAAUCGUCUUUUAACUUGCCGCUGAAUCUCUUCUUUCGGUCUUUCUGUUGCUUUUUGCUCGGGGGAGCAUGUGCUUCGUUUGUUUUUGGUUUACUGUUCAGUGAAUUUUUCAAAAUGCUGAUUAAAUUUUGAUCAUCCUCCGAGGGAUUGCUUCCUGAAAGAGUCACUGUAUCCAAGUCUCACACUUCGGGUAGGGAAAGUGUUCAACUAGAAGCUUUUGCGGGGGCCUCAAAUGGAGAUAAAUAAGAUUGUGUUUCACGAUCGGCUGAGCCGUCUAUCAAUGUGAGGAGAUUUCGAUAUUGUCUUCCUCGGCUGAUCCGCAACUGGAGGAAGGGAGAAUGAAAUAGCUGGCGAGAUGAAGCUACACAUAUUCCGAGUGAUAAAAAUGCGGUAGCCAAAACUUCUGGACAAUUAUUUUACCGGCAACAGGAAAUAAUUCUGGUCCAAUGAACUUUUUCGCCUGUCAUGGAGGAUGAAGCGACGGCGGCAGCAAGAAAUGUCAUGCUUUUCGCGCACAAGGACUUCGAGGAGGACGGCGAUGCCGGAGCUGAAGAAGGAGACGGCGACGGGGAGGGGGGUGGGGAGGAAGAGGAGCUCCUCGAGAGGGGACCUGGACGAGGCCGAAAACUGCGCUUCAAGGUGUCCAUGAUUUGGGUGGCCGUGCCGCUUCUACUUUGGUCAGCGAUAGCCAUGGGCAGAGGGAGCCCGAUGUGUCCCACCGGGUGCACUUGCCGCGACGACGUUCUCGAGGCCUCUUGCACCCACGCUCAACUGGAAUACAUCCCGAUCCAGCUCAACCCCGACCUCCAGGUCAUCCACCUGAGAGGCAACCUCAUAUCUUGCACGCCCGGCAUCCUCUGCGACUUCAGCAUCUACUCGAAACUCCAGCACAUCGACAUGUCCGAGAACAAGCUCCAGUCGGUCGGGAGCCGCAACUUCCAGUACCAGACCCACCUCCAUUUGCUCAACAUCAGCCACAACCAGAUCUCCGCCAUCGGCAGGGAUGCUUUCAAAGGGCUCCGCGCCCUCAAACUCUUGGAUCUGAGCAACAACAACAUCGAGCGGAUCGACAACCACGCCUUCAACGAUACCGUCUCGUUGGAGACGCUCAACUUGACCCGGAAUCGGAUCGUCUCCCUCCACGGAGAUUCGCUCUUCCGCAAUCUGCCCAAUCUCCAGGUUCUCAUCCUCGAGCGGAACGAGCUCGUGGACGUCCCGAGCGAGGCACUCAAGUCCCUGCCGAAUCACGCGCAGCUCUCCUCGCUCCUCCUCUCCUACAACCUCAUCCAGACCCUGAACGAAACCUCGUUCCCGUUCCCGCAGCUGAGCAACCUAACGGAACUCCUCUUAGCUUACAACGUCAUCAGUGAUAUCCAUAAGUCUGCCUUCAACUCUCUUCGGGAUCUGACGUCCUUGGAUUUGUCUUUCAAUAACUUGACGCAAAUCCCCACGCAGCAACUCUCGAAGCUCACCAAACUGAGCACUUUGGACUUGAGCGGCAACGAGCUGAGCGACGUGGGAGCGGUGUCUUUCAAGAGCUUGUUCCAGCUCAGACACUUGGUGCUCUCGAGAAUGCCCCGGUUGGUCAGCAUCGACGCCCGGGCGUUCGUCGACAAUAUCCAAUUGGAGAAUAUCCGGAUAUCGGAGAACCUGGGCCUCGAGCGGAUCCCGCCUCGAAUUUUCCACGGGAACCCGAAUUUGAACCGGAUCGAAAUGCGAGGGAACUCGCUGAGAACUCUAGACGCCAGUCACUUUCCACUGGACCGACUUAAAGUCCUGGACAUCUCGGAGAAUCCGUUGCACUGCAACUGCUCCUUGCUCUGGUUGUGGGUCUUGGUGCGGCAGCAAAUGAAGGCAUCAGCCAAACCCGCCCCGAGGGUGGUUGAAAACAUCACGGCGCCCGGUGUUAAGAAUCCAGACGCCUUGAAAAUCACUCUCCACAAUCUCAAGUGCACCUCCCCGGAGGAGCUGAAAAUGAAGAUGGUGGGCGAGAUACCGGAGGACACGGUUCGCUGCGAGACUUCGUGGCUCACCAUCGCCAUGCUGUCGGCCACCUCUUUGGCUCUGCUGACGGUUUUGUUAAUCGGGUUGUUCCUCAUAAUUUCCGGGAAGCGGAUGAGCUGCGGCAAGUCGAAAAGCCACGAGACCUCCGGUUCCCUCGAGUCCCGCGGGGUCAUGGUCAAUUCCACGCGGACUCCCGUGCUUACCCUCUACCCAGAUAAAGCUUACACGAGCAUGCUCAUGAACGGCUACCUCAUGCAACCGGAGAGUCCCUCGGCCAAGCAAAAUUAUGGCUCCAUGGAGCACUGGGACCCGUUCCCCAGCUUAGGCACCGCCAAAAAAGUCGGGAACGAUUACACGAACGAAAUACCCAGAGCCAAGAAGGUCCCCCAUAUAGUGUAUGUUUAAGUUUUCCCCCUCUUCCAAUAUUCGUUACCAGUUUUGUCUAUUCUCUCAAUUGUUUAUAUUGUAAAUACUCAGAUAUAUAUUGUAAGUAUUUAUACUGCUUCGUCGUUCUUUGGUUUAUGAAACAUCUUUUUUAGCCAUUCUGUACAUAGUUCAAAGUUCUAUUCUGUGCCAUGAUCCUACCGUUACAAAUUUUGUUUUAUUGAUGAUUAAGUCGGUCCGGAGUUAAAUAACACUGGAAAAAUAAAUUUUUGUGGAACGUUUUAGUUUUAUAAAUAAAUUGAUUAAAAUAAUAGCCCCGAACAAAUUGUUGGCCCCUUCAACAGAAAUCGGUAAAAUUCGGAUCAAAAUUCUAGUCUUGUGACCAAGUUCUUCAAAACUCAUUGCGUAAACGGAGUUGAGUAAGUCAGCCCCGAUAAACAUUAUUUCUAAUCAAAUUUGGAAUUCUCUUUAGGGAGAUAACAUUUUCUUCCUCGAGAACCAUAAAAUUAGUCAAAAAUGAGAUAAAUAUAUGCUUGUUAUUUUACGAUCAAGUUCAGCUUGAGGAUGCGAACAAGAUAUAUGGCCAAUUUCAAGGUGAAACAUUGUAACUUCCAAACAUUUUCAAGGCACGUGAGGAUUUUUGAGGAAUUUCUUCCUCCGUAAAAAUAGGCCUAGGGCGGAGCGCAUAAAGGAAUCUCUAUUGAAUUGUCUCGGAAAUAAAUGUUUUACUCUUGAUUUUUCAAUACUUCCCAAUUAAAUAAAAGCUUUCAGUAACGAAAUUUUCUGAGCCGUCCUCAAAGUUCAAUUUUUAAGAGGGCUUAGAAGCUUCGACUAUCUUGACUUUUUUGUUGAUGUCCGAUGAAGAAUUUAGGAAUCAUUUUUUUUUUUUUUUUGGUAUUACUAAUAUACGAGCUGCCUAUCAAAUGCCGCACAGGGGCUGAGAAAAGUACCAAUUUCAAACUAAUUUCUACUCAUUUUCGUCCUCAAACAUCGUCUUAUCAAUCCGCUCCCUCACCAAUUCAGCACUGACACGGCGAUAAACACCUGGUUGAUCUUGACCUUGAUUUUGAAGUUAGACGAAUUAUUACAGUGUAACAGACAUGCCUUACAUGAAAUUCAACAGAACAGAGUGUUUCUAAAUUUAUUUGUCUCUGCAAAAUGAGUUUAGUUUACAAACCUAACCUCAAAAUGUAAUUUUGUGAUUUACAUUUUAGUCAUGACCUCGUGUAAAUUUUUUAAAUUAAGUAUAGAAUCAAACCUAAGUUAUGAAUCACCAAUUCCUAGUCCUUACAGUACUUUAUAUAUACUUUUUGAAAAGCAAAUUUGGCUCCAAAAGUGACUCUUUGAGAAUUUGUCCUUUUUUUCAUCAACUUUUUUCUCAUACCAUUUCUCACGUUAUCGAUUAAAAUUGAUUUUAAAUUUUUUUUUAUUAUUAUUAUUUCUUCAGCGCCUACUUAAACAAUUAAGUCGAAAAUCCAUUCCUAGAAAAAAGAUAGAUUUACUCUGUAAUAAAGAUAUUUUUACCUAUACCUAUACACAACAAACUAUAAGAUUUGAAACAAUGCGGAGCCCAUUUUUUCAUUCACAUAAGGAAUUUUCAUCGUUCAUAAAGCAUGAAGGAAGGAGAGGCAGUAUAUGACGAUGUAUGCAAAAAAAGAGGGAAAACAACAAUUAUUCUCUCUUCAUGAAAAUUUUUGUUUGAGUAAUGCGCAAAAUGUAAAGCUUAUUGGAUCGAAUUUCCGAAAAAUGUUCGGUCUACACGGGUAUUUUGUCACUGUCUAUUUAUGCGUUACAAUUUUAUUCGUUCAAGUGUUAAGUUUUUUAAUUUGUUAUUUAACAGUUUCGGUUAGUCUUAUGAAGCACAUUCACAUCAGUUUUCAAUUAUUUGCUCAUAAAAAACACGGUUUUAAUUAGGACUUCUCCUUGAUCCUGAAUGUACCUACUCCAUUUACAUAACAUUCUACGUUCCUAUUUUUUAAACUCGUUAAAUCAUUAUUAAAUCAGCGCCGCUGGGAUAGCGUAAAUUGAUUCCCCUCUUCAAAAUUUUAGCAUAAUCACAUUUAAUGAGAGUCUCGACAUACGUACAAAAGGAGGGGGAUUAAUAGUCAUGGAGAAUUUCUUAAAAUAAAAAUAACAGCAUCUAUUUUCAAAAAUCAAAACCUACUCGAGUUGUAAAGUGUGGAAAAUUAGCAGCAUCAACCACCUCGCCAAAUAAGAUUACGCGCUUUUUCAAUGUGACGAAAAAUCAGCCGUCUUCAGCUCAGCAUUUAAAUACAAGAAUCAAGAAUGCUAUCGCUUUCUGAAAGUGCGUAAACUUAUAUUCGACGUUGGCUCUGAAAGAGUAUAUAUUAGCUCUCUAGCCGACACGAAUUGAAUUACCAAAGUAAUUCAUCUUAUUAACUAGUUUAGUUUUUUUAUUAUCUUCGAUUUUUCAAAUCCUAUUAUUGGUCAUUUUGAAUAUUUCACUUCAGAUGUCGCGGGCAGGUUGGAUAAUAUUUCUGCAUAAUCGACGUAUGAGCCCUGGAAACAAAAAAUGAGAAAUAUUAAGUAGUUAUAUUCCAAAUUUAAUUGAAAUGUUUAAAAAAGACACAUCCAGCCCAUAUUGGGAUGAGAUUCCUAAAUUUUUGUACAUAUAUUUGCAAAUAAAAUAUGUUACAUAAUAUUAUUGUGAAGUAAAUACUAGAACUUAUUUUUGUAAAGCAUAACUCAUUUGUUUUGAUUUUUAACAAUGUUAUUUUGUAAUACAAAAUAUUGUGUGUUAAAAGCAAUAUUAUACUUACCAUGAAAUAUACAUCCGACUAAUAAUUUUCA